CCGGAACUAUUUCCUUGUGGUCUAGCUGCAGGAAGAGUCAGUGGGAAUGAUUUCCUGGCCUCGUAUCGUUUUGUUUGGAGAUUCAAUUACUCAGUUUGCGUUUGAAACAAAUGGAUGGGGGUCAAUUCUCGCUAAUAAGCUAAUCAGGAAAUGUGAUGUAAUAAACCGAGGACUGUCCGGUUACAACACAAGAUGGGCUAAACUGAUCUUACCCAGGCUGGUCUCCAAGGGCUGUCAUGCUGGAAACACAGCCGCAGUUACAAUUUUUUUUGGAGCUAAUGACAGCUCCCUAAAAGAAGAAAAUCCACAGCAACACAUCCCCUUGGAGGAAUAUGUAGACAAUUUACAAAGUAUGAUACAAUAUCUAAAGUCUAUUGACAUUACUGGAGAUAGAAUUAUCUUGAUCACACCUCCUCCCCUUUACGAGCCAGCCUGGGAGAAGGAAUGUCACCUAAAAGGAUGUAAACUGAAUCGAUCCAAUGAAAGAGCCGGUGUGUAUGCCAAAGCAUGCAUUCAGGUUGCCAAUGAAUGUGGAACAGAAAUCUUGGAUUUGUGGACUACAAUGCAAGAAGGUGGCCAGGACUUUACACUAUAUCUCUCUGAUGGGCUCCACUUAUCAGAUGAAGGAAAUAGAUUUGUGGAGUCCCAGCUGUGGCAGAUCUUGGAGCGGAAAGCUUCAGAUCUCCCUUUUAUCCUCCCCUACUGGAACGAUGUGGACAGUUUAAACCCCGAAGCCUCCUUGCUUCAUGACAAGAAAACAGAGUCCUAGAAUUCCAUUGCAAAUUCACAGGCAUGGACUUGUCCUAGCCACCCAUGCUCUGAAUGGAUACUUGGACACACUGGGAAUAAGAAAGUGAUGUCAAUUAUAGCAAACUACUGAAAUUUAGUUUGUCCAAUAAUAAAUUAAAAAUAAGAGUGCAGCAUUGCUAUAGAAU